AUGGCGAACGGGAGGAAGAUUAAACGGAAAGGGGGGAAGGGGGGGAAGCCACCCCUAUUAAGGCACUCCAAAUUGAGGAUACUUUUUUACAUUAGGAGGUACCUAGAGAGAAAGCGUCGAGAAGCUCGUUUCACUCGCUGCCAACGUGAUGGAAGCAGCAGUGGAGGACGUGGCGGUGAUGGUGAAGAGAACUCUCCUAGUAGAGGUGCCGCCUCCCCAGUGACGUUCGAAGAACUGGGGGUGGAAGACUGGUUGGUCAAAAUAAGUAAGACGGUUCAGAUUACCCACCCAACAAAGAUACAGCAACUGUGUCUGCCGCUCAUAAUGAGAGGACACAAUGUGAUCGGGACGUCCGAGACAGGGACGGGGAAGACCAUCUGCUACUGUUGGGGCAUUUUGCAAGAAUUGAAUAAAAACUCCUUUGGAGUGUUCGCCUUAGUCCUGCUCCCCACCCGAGAGCUAGUCGUCCAAGUGGUGGAACAAUUCCUUCUCUACGGAUAUAGGAUAGGAAUAAAAAUCCUUUCGUGCAUUGGAGGAUCUUCUCUAAUUGAGCAGCGAAGGAGAGUGCUGGCCAAGCCGCACGUUGUGGUGGGGACCCCCGGGCGAACCAGCGAUAUUAUGGAUAACUGCGAGGAUGUUAAGAACUGCUUCAAACGGCUGAGCUUCUUCGUUUUGGACGAAGCGGACUUGCUGCUGCGGAGCUGUUACGAAUCGAAAUUGGAGGUAAUUCUGCGUUGUUUGCCUAAGGGGGGAGGAAGCGAAUCGGUCGGGGGAUCGGUCGGAGGAUCACUCUACGGCGGGGUGGGCGGACGGAGGACCCUCCUUUUCAGCUCCACCAUGAGCGACUCGAUAGAAUUACUCGCCGACACCUUCCCCCAGGGAAACCUAAUUCUUGUAAAUGUGAACAAGAAGCAGAAGCCGCUGAAAAAUCUGGACCAGAGAUACAUCUACGUGGACGAGAUCGCGCAGAUGACCUAUUUGGUGUACCUCUUACGGAAAAAGUUACCUGACCAAUCAGGCAUUAUUUUUACAGACAACAGCUAUCGAUGUGAAUUAAUCUACACCGUCUUGCGCAUGCUGGGAGGGUUCUCUGUCGAAUCAAUACACUCAUCAAAGGAUCCGAAAAAAAGGAUAGCUGCCUUAUCGAAGAUAAAAAAUGGAGGGUGUAAAGUUCUAGUCGCUACAGAUAUAAUCAGUAGGGGUAUCGACAUCCCCAAAACUUCCUUUGUCAUCAAUUUCGACUUCCCCAAUGAUGCCGUCUUGUAUGUCCACCGAGUAGGAAGAACUGCCAGAGCGAACAGGAAAGGGGUGGCGAUCUCCUUUGUGGACAAGCGCGAUGUGAACUCGUUUAAUGCCGUUAUGCAGAUAAUGAAGAGUGCGUUAAAGCCGUGGCGAUUGAGAAAGAAGGAGGUGCUCCAGGAUAUGUUCCAAGUAGGCCGCGCGCUGAAGAAGGCUGAACUGCUGCUGGAGGAGAGGGAGGACGCCCGACGCGAGCACCGACGCAUGCAGAGGUUUGUGCACCGUGCGAUGUGA